GAAAUUUCAACUAAACAUUAAUUCACCCCGACCCAACUCCUUCGUCUAUACCUUUGCUUGUAAAAAGAAACUCCAUUGCAAUUGAACUUCUAAACCUCUUUCAAAUUCUCUUCCUUAAUUUCCCCCAAUUUCAAUUAAUUCUUCAUCAACUCUUUUUAUAUCAAUCUUAAUUCUUCAAUUUCAUAUUCUAAUCAUCAUCUCAUCAAUUCUGGAAUUCAAUUACCUCAAUUGCUCCUCAAAAUUCUUCCGGAAUUUGAAUUUCCGAAAAGGUUUAUAUGACGAAUCGUAAAUCCUGUUGCUGCGGAAUUUGUGAAAGCUCAAAUCUUGCUUCAAUUUGUACUGUUUGUGUGAAUUACAGAUUGAAUGAGUAUUACACUUUGCUCAAAUCGUUACGGAGUCGCCGUGAUCAGCUUUACUCAAGGCUAACAGAUAAGCUAGUUUCCAAGGGAAAGACUGAUGAGCAGAUUAAUUGGAAGAUAGCUCAGAAUGAGAAGAUUGCUGGGCUUAAAGAGAAGCUACGUAAAUCGAGAGAACAACUUUUGCAUGGGAAGUCUAAAUUGGAGAAGGUGUCUAGUGAUCUUAAGGUGACAUAUGGGUUGCUUGAUUUUUCUAAAAAUAUGUUAGAAAAACACCGCGUUGAACAGCUGGAGAAGUCUUAUCCUAAUUGGAUAUGUACUCAGAGUUUGGGGCAUAUGGCAAUAACUUCAGAGCGUUUACAUAAACAAUCGGUUAUUAUAAAACAAAUCUGCAAAUUGUUUCCACAACGUCUGGUCAAGGUGGAUAAUGAGAAGAAGGAUGGCUUUAAUGGCCAAUAUGAUGUAAUUUGCAAUGCUCGAUUACCACGGGGUUUGAAUCCUCAUUCUGUUCCAUCGGAGGAGCUAGCAGCAUCUCUGGGGUAUAUGGCGCAACUGCUGAAUCUUGUUAAUCAUAUCCUGUGUCUGCCUGCACUUCACAACUCUGGUUUUGCUGGUUCUUGCUCUCGAAUAUGGCAACGGGAUUCUUACUGGGAUGCUCGUCCAUCCUCUCGAAGCAAUGAGUAUCCUCUUUUCAUUCCCAGACAAAAUUGUUGCACUACUGGUGGAGAAAACUCAUGGUCUGAGAGAUCAAGCCAUUUUGAAGUGGCAUCGGUAGAAUCUGAGAGGAAACCCAAAUUGGAUCCUUCUGGAAGUAUUAGUUUCAAUUAUUCUUGUGCAUCACCUCAUUCAUUGGAGACCCACAAUGAUUUGCAGAAAGGGAUUGCUCUUCUUAAGAAAAGUGUGGCUUGUGUGACAGCAUACUGUUAUAACUCUCUGUGCCUGGAUGUUCCCACUGAUGCUUCUACUUUUGAAGCAUUUGCAAACUUGCUUGCAACUCUUUCGUCUUCCAAGGAAGUCCGUUCUGUUUUCUCCCUGAAAAUGGCGUGUUCAAGAUCAUGUAAGCAAGUUCAGCAGUUGAACAAAUCUGUGUGGAAUGUGAAUUCAAUGAUGUCAAGCACAAUGCUGGAAAGUGCUCAUGCACAACCUGCAAUGAGAAAUAUGUGGGAUAAAAACCUUCCCUAUUUUGCACCCAGUUUUCUAUAUGCCAAUGACAGUGCUGAUGCUAGUAAGAAUGAGAGCGUCUUUGAUGGAUGGGACCUAGUGGAGUAUCCAAAAUUUCCUCCGCCGCCAUCUGAAACUGAAGAUAUUGAGCACUGGACUCGAGCCAUGUUCACUGAUGCCACAAAAAAGUAAUUGAAGCCAAGUCAUGUACAUAAUGGCAUAGAUGUUAGGUUUGAGUUGUGGCAAUUGAAGAAAUUUGAGCUCGACCUGUCAGAUCUGUAAAUACGUAAUCUCCCGCUUAUCUGACCCAUGUAAAUGCAGAAGUGUUUUAGUUGAUAUAGUAAUUAUAGGGAUGAGGUAGACCAUGAUAUUAGACUAACAGUUUAAUUAAUCUAUCACAUUUAUUUUGAGUUUAUGACUGAUUAAUGUGGGAAAAAGAAAAUAUGUAUGAUUUUUGAUUGUAUAUAUAGAAGUGUGAGUUACACAAAUACUUUGAUAAUCAUAAUCUAUUUUAGUCGACACAUUUAUGUA